UUUUUUAAAUUAAGACAAAUCCAUAACAGGUCUUGGCACAGACCUUGAGAGGUGACCAAGGACCAUGUGGUCAAUGAGCUGUGCAGAAUCUUGUUCUGAGGGCUCUCUAGGACUGGAGGAGGAGGUGAUUACUGUUGCAAUGCAGGCCGAAGAACUACAUGAAAGCACAGCUACAUGUACAAGUGCUGGAUUUGACAACCUAGAUGACAGCCUAACUAGUCUUCAGUGGUUACAAGAGUUCUCAAUCCUUAAUGCCAGUGAAAAACAGCAAGUAAGUUCCAGCCAACUUCAGAGCAUAUUCUUUGGGGACCAGCUGGGCACAGAAGCUCCUGCAUCUCCCCUAGCAGGCGACCCUGCGUCUAUUGGCAUGCCACUAACUCCAGGCAAGCCCACAGCAGCAGCUGUGUGCCGGAUGCCCCCCCUGAGUCCUCUGCCCACCUUUGUUGCUCAUGGCCAUUGCCCAGAUGAAGUUGACUACAAAACCAACCCUCACAUUAAGCCCCCAUACUCAUAUGCCAUGCUUAUUUGCAUGGCUAUGCAGGCAAGCAAGAGAAGCAAAAUCACACUCUCCAGCAUUUACAAAUGGAUCACUGACAACUUCUGCUACUUCCGCCAUGCUGACCCUACCUGGCAGAAUUCCAUCAGACACAAUCUGUCACUAAAUAAAUGCUUCAUAAAAGUUCCAAGACAGAAGGAUGAACCAGGAAAAGGGGGUUUCUGGAAAAUUGACCCACAGUAUGCUGAGCGCCUUUUAACUGGGGCUUAUAAGAAGAGAAAGAUGCCUCCAGUACAGAUUAAUCCAGCUCUUCAAAACCGAAUUAAAGCAGGUUCACAGACUGCUGUGACUGUGCCAACAAGCAUUCCUGACAUUUUUAAUAUUAAUCCUGAGUCACAGCAGCUUCUAAAUGAAUUUGAGGAGAUCACUGGAAUUGACCAGAACUGGGAUCCUCGCCUAGCAGAGGUCACUAUGUUUGAUUUCUGGGGUUCAGAAAAGAGGCAAAAGAGAAAAAAGUCAUUUGGGCACCACUCGGAAGUGCUGCGUCGCUCCAGCUCCCCAAUUCUGGCCGUAGAGGAACCUAAGGUUUUAAGCUCUCUAAAGGGCAAUUUUGACUGGGAUGCUUUGCUGAAUUCUGCCCUAAAUGGAGACCUUAACUUAAAUGAGGGUGGUCCCCUAAGCCCAAUAAGCCUGGAGACCACUGUCAAUUCUGCUGUACACAGUACGCUAAAAGAACCUCAAAAAAGCAAUGCUGAUGACUUUACUGAGGAGAACUUUUUAGCUACUGAAUUAUUACACAGUUCCUGGGUAGAGGACGAAGAGAGGCUUCAUCAAGACUUUCUUUGUAAUUCCACUGUUAACAUUAAUCAGCUGUUUGAUCUGGAAGAGACACAUUUUUGAGACACAUUAACUAAUACCUGGAAAUAUCAUGGGUAACAAACCCAAACCAACCUAUUGGGAAUUUGGGGAUUUUUUUAAAUGUUUUGUUUACCAUUUGUUAAAACAGAUUUUACAUGCUUUGUGUGUUUCUUAUUUCAAUUUUAAUUAUUGUAAUUUUACAACAGCAAGUCAAAAAUGUUGGG